AGAUCAAUAUGUUGCGUUCAGUUGCUGUGACAAGACUGAUUACCCAACUUGGAUUUUUUGUCUGCGUUGUGCUUGUGAUGUCUACACAUGCAGUCGCCGGACAGAUUAAUCCUCUCAUAUACGACGAGCAGUUGUUAUGGGUUGGUAGAGGAGCUGGACAAGUAAACACCUAUCGGAUCCCUGUGCUCACUUUCACAGCGCGAGGCAGUCUGCUGGCUUUCGCUGAGGCCAGGAAACAAUCCUCCAGUGAUAUAGGAGCCAAAUUUAUCGCCAUGCGUCGCUCUACUGACAGAGGUGCAACCUGGUCCCCUACCUCCUUCAUAGUGGAUGAUGGUUCUUUGGCGGACGGGCUCAAUCUGGGCUCAGUGGUUGUGGAUGAAGAGAAGAAAUCUGUGAUGCUCAUCUAUUCUCUGUGUUUCCACCGCUACCACUGCAGCCCCUCCAGCACCAUGUUAAUAGAGAGCCUGGACGAUGGCCUGAGCUGGAGUGCCCCGCGUAACCUCUCCGUCCAGCUGGGGGUCAAAAGCUUCGCCCCUGGGCCAGGAUUUGGCAUUCAGAAGCGUUACCCUCCAGCCAAGGGGCGUCUGGUGGUGUGUGGUCAUGGCUCCAUCCCUGGCGAUGGGGUUUUCUGUAUCCUUAGUGACGAUCACGGUUCCAGCUGGCACUAUGGCGCUGCGCUGAAGAGCAUUCCUUACAACCAGCCCAAAAAGAGUCUGGACUUUAAUCCAGAUGAAAGUCAGCCAGUGGAGCUGCAGGACGGCAGCAUAGUCAUCAACGUACGUAAUAACAACAACUACCACUGCCGCUGCAGGCUGGUGGUGAGAAGUUUUGACGGAGGCGAGUCCCUGCCCGUAGAAGAGCUGGUCUUUGAUCAAGAGCUGGUGGAUCCUGCUGUCGCAGCUGGUGCCCUGCAGAAGGAGGGAGUGCUCUACUUCACCAACCCAGCCAACUCUCAACAGAGGAUAAAUCUGACUCUUCGGUGGUCUCUGACUGACGGCAGAUCAUGGGAAAAAGAAGCGGUUCAGAUCUGGGCGGGGCCAAGUGGUUACUCCUCCAUGACAUCACUCAAGACUGACUAUCCUGAAGAUAAGAAGUACAUCUACGUCAUUUAUGAAAAAGGUCAUAAAAACUACUGCGAGACCAUAUCAUUUGCCAAAAUCCACCUCUUCGGUGGCCAGUAGAG